UUGAGUUCCUAACACGUGCCUUGUUUUUGUUGCCCAUGUGGGUGAGACAUUAUUGGUCUUCACUGGUUUGUGUGUUUUUUUUUUUAACAGAUCACUGGUUUGUUUGUGUUUCGCAUUUUCUUCUAUAUAAGCUCUGCAAAGUAGCUCUUUUCAAUGUGUUAAAAGAUUAAUCAUGCCAACAAGAGACAUGAGUUCUACUAAGGCACAGCAACAAACACACAACCCAUGUCCUCCUUAUGCGGUGUGCAUACCAUACCCAGCACAAGGCCACAUCAACCCACUGCUGAAACUAGCAAAGCUCCUCCACCACAAGGGCUUCCACAUCACCUUCAUCAACACCGAAAUCAACCACCGCCGCCUCCACAAAUCCCAGGAACCCCACUCCCUCUCCGGCACCUCCUCCUUCCGCUUUGAAACCAUUCCCGACGGCCUCCCUCCCCCAGAGGCCAACGCCACGCAGGACAUCCCGGCACUCAGUCACUCCAUUUUGCACAACUUUAUAGAUCCCUUCAGAAUCUUACUCGCCAAGCUCAACCACGACGCUGCUGCUUCAUCGGACGCACCUCCGGUGACAUGCAUAGUUUCAGAUGGGGCAAUGAGCUUUACUCAGAAAGUGGCUGAAGAAGUGGGCAUACCUGCUGUUUUGUUCUUCCCCACCAGUGCUACUGCCUUAAUGGGCCUUGUGGCUUAUCCCCAACUCAUAAAGAAGGGUCUUGCACCACUCAAAGAUGCAAGUUAUUUAACAAAUGGUUACCUAGACACUGUGAUAGAUUGGAUACCAGGCAUGAAUGGCAUACGAUUGAAGGAUCUGCCAAGUUUCUUUCGAGCCACUGAACUGAAUGUCAUGAUUCAUUUAAUUUUGGAAGCAAUUGACAAAACACACGAAGGUUCGGCCAUCAUUUUAAAUACCUUCGACGCUUUAGAACAUGACGUUUUAGAAGCACUGUCAACAAUGUACCCACCCAUAUACCUCAUUGGCCCUUUUCAGUUUCGCCUCGACCAAUUCCCACAAAAUUGUUGUGAAGUAAUCUUGUUUUCACCGGCCUAAGAGUCAAAUGGAGGCUGCAAAUCAAGACUUUCAAAAAUAGUAGCUGCAAAUCAACAUUGUCAAAAAUAGCAGCUGCAAAUCAAGUUUGUCGUUUGAAAUUUGUUGCCUCAGCUGUAGUUGAAUUUAAUGCGUUCACAUUGUUAGUUUUAUCUAUAUAUAGCUAUUGUAUUAUGCGAGUUCAAGUGUGGGAGAAAAGAAGAAGAAGAGUGCUCUCUGUUUAGUUUUUCAGAAUUAUAUUUGAGUGAAUUGAAUUUCAGUUUGGUUCAGUUUUAAGCCUCUCAUUAUGAAUCACCAACUGUGGUUUGCACCCCACUCCUACUAACAGUUGUAUCAGAGCCGAAGGUAGUUUGAAUUUGCAGAAAUUCUGCAAAACUUUCAAGAACACAGUGUGUUUUCGAAAAUUGCCCAGAAAUCAAAGUGGUCGAAAUCCAUUUUUGAUCACAUUAGAUUGAAGCUCUCGACGAGACGAGCACAACUGUGAAAACCGCGUCAAAAACAAAGAUCGGACGGCCCCGCACGCGCCCUACGCGCUUCCUGACGCCGUUCUCACACGCACCACGCGCCCACGCCCACCACGUGCCCACGCGCUACCACGCGCUUCCAGAGGAAGAAGACGCGUCAUUCAAUGCGCCACACGCGCUACACGCACGCGUACCAAAGCAGGCGUCAUCCACUGACGUCAUCGAGCCGCUGAUCGUCGUUGACUGGGCCGAGCCGCCAUUGACCCUAGCCGCCAAGCCGAGCCUUCAAGCCGUUGACUGGAGCCGCUGACCUGGCCGCCGUUGACCUCAACCGUUGACCAAGCCAAGCCGCGUUGACUGAGCCGUUGACAUCAGCACACGGAGGAUUAAUCCAGUGUGCCGCGGCUAAGGUGUAGAUCUGAACCGUUCAACUUGUUUUGGCUUGAUCUAAGCCAUUCGGAGUCUGUUUCUGGUGAUCCAAUAGUGCUUUCGAACUAGCUGGAGUAUUCCGGACACAUCUGUGGGGUCAGAAUUUGCAAAUUCCAUUCCAAAAAUUUGCAGAGUUUUAAAGACAACCAAUGGCCAACACAAACAACUUCUUUCAGCCCCAGUUUUCAAAACUCAGCAAGGAGAACUAUGAAAAUUGGAGUAUUCAAAUGCAAGUUCUACUAGCCUCAAAAGAUUUGUGGGAGUUAGUGGAUCGAGGAUAUGACGAGCCAGCUACUCUCGAAGAUGAAGAAAAUUUAAAUGAUACUCAAAAGACGUCGUUAAAAGAUUCAAGGAGGAAAGAUAAAAAGGCCAUGUAUCUUCUCUAUCAAGGCAUUGAUGAGUCAAGUUUUGAGAAGAUUUCAGCAGCAACAACCUCUAAAGAGGCAUGGAGUAUUCUUCGCAUUUCACACCGUGGAAUUGAGAAGACAAUCAGAGUUCGACUCCAGGUGUUACGUGGCGAAUUCGAGAUGCUGCACAUGAAUGAGAAUGAGUCAAUUUCUAAGUACUUCAACAGAAUAUUGACCAUUGUUAAUCAGAUGAGAAGAUAUGGAGAGAAGAUGGAAUCUCUUCAAGUGAUAGAGAAGAUUCUCCGAUCACUUAGUCCCAAGUUCGAGCACGUGGUUGUAGCAAUAGAAGAGUCCAAGGAUCUCAGUGCCAUGACCACCGAUGAGUUGAUGGGCACAAUUGAGAUUCAUGAACAAAGGAUCAACAAGAAGACUCCCUCAAGUUCUCUAGAGCAAGCUCUUCAAUCAAAGCUGUCCUUCAGAGAUGACAGAAACGAGCAAGGGGGGACAUCACAAAGAAGCCGAGGAAGAGGCCGUGGUUACAAUAAUCAAAAUUUUGUUUUUCGAGGAAGAGACGGAAGAGGUCCAGCCAGAGAAGGAAGAAAUCAACCACACUUUGCUCCAAGAGGAAGAGCAAGAGGUAGAGGAGGUGGUUACAACAACCGACUAGGAUUUGACAAAAGCAAUGUUCAGUGCUACCAGUGCCACAAGUUCGGGCAUUACAGCAAUGAAUGCCGAAGUAGAACAACAACGGAAACUAGAGAGCAAGCAAAUUUUGCCAAGGAGGAAACAAACAAAGUUGGACCUACAGUCUUGUUUGUUCACCAUGGAGACACUGAAAACCAAAACAAUGUUUGGUAUCUAGAUUCGGGAGCCACUAAUCUCAUGUGUGGUAAAAGAGAGCUAUUUGUUGAGCUUGACGAGACUGUACAAGCACAAGUCCCAUUUGGUGAUUCUUCAAAGACUCUAGUGAAAGGAAGAGGUAAUAUUCUGAUCAAGCUCAAGAAUGGAGAUCAUGAUUACAUCUCCAAUGUUUAUUAUGUUCCUGCCAUGAAGAACAACAUUUUGAGUAUGGGACAACUCCUAGAGAAAGGAUACGACAUCAGCAUGAAAGAUUGUCAUCUUACCAUCAAAGACAAUCAUGGUAAUUUGAUCGCUCAAGUGAGAAUGUCCAAGAAUCGGAUGUUUGCAUUGAACAUCCAACAUGAUGUUGUGAGUGUUUAA